UGAACGUGCGUCAAGGAACGACGUGACCGAGCACGCAUUUUGGUACAAAGGGACAUCUUGUAUGUAAUGUACUGUGCGCUUCUUUGCAAUGUUGAAAAUAUAGCAGGCACAGACAGUAGCAGCGGAAGCUGGAAGGUAGGAUUUAUCUAUUCAUCUCGCAUAUUUGUUUGAGUUUGCAGUGAUUAUACUUGUUUGCAUAUCUGCUAGAAUUAACAAAGUAUUUUGCACGUAAGUGUGUAUGUGUGCAAGUGUUUGGGUGUUUGGGUGUUUUUCAGCCCUAGCCCCAACAUGGUUCAGUGGCAGCUCUGCACUCUGGAUGAACUGAAGUAUUCAAGGUUUGGCCGUCCUUUCCCACGACACGGCCUUCAGCUCCUGUUUUGGUUUGCCAACCACUGUGUGACCUGUGAACUUAUUAACUUUGUGGUCAUCAUGAAGCUGGUGUCAGACUGUCAACCAGAGAGAGGCUUCUAUGGCUUCCACGUGUUUGGCAAUAUUGAGGAACUUCUGCCAGUACUGAAGAGGCGAGGGAGGUGCAAAAUAAAGACACAGGUUGUGUACUUUGAAGUUGGCAACUUGAACACAGAAACUUACCCAGCAUCUGCAAACCUCCCAAUGUACGUGAGGGAAAAUUAUGGGUUGGAUGGUAACCGUGUUAUUUACAAUAUAGACCGCAUCGUUAUCAGUUACCAGGUGAGAACCAGGAUGGUGGAGACAGUGUAUGUCACUGAGCAUGAUGGAGCCUCCUUUGGGAGCUUCAGUCCUGACAGGACUUAUGAAAUCAGCUCUGAACUGAUCCGAGCCCUGCAGAGCCCACAACUAGAUCUCACCGCCUUUCUCUCCCAGAUGGGCUAUUAUGAUGAUAUACAAGUGGUUCAAGAUAUAGAAGAGAUACGAUACAGAGAACCUUCAAAUUGUGUCAGUAUGUUCAACAUACAGGAGACCUACAAUGGAUCCACAGCAAGAACAGAAAAUGAUAACUUGCGAUUCUUCUCAGAAGCCUCCAUCCAGCAAAUAAAUAUCAACAGAGUGCCCCUCAGCUAUGACCAGCAAGUUCAUUACACUGUCAAUGUAACCCCUUACAACAGUGGACUUGUGGCUAACACCAGUGAAGUGCAACAUAAAUACAGGAGACCUAAAGCCAACAAGAGGCAAAGAGCUUUGAGGCAAAGUUAUUGGCUGUCUGAGUGGGAGCUGCCUUAUAAAGGUUUUAAUGAAGAAGCCAAAAAAAGGAAGGGAGGUGGUGGUGUCAGCUUUGUCAAGACUCUCCUCUGUGCUGGAGCACUCUGCUUGGCAGCCAAAUGUUUCAGCUGGCUAAGGAGCUGGUGGAACUUAGACUUGAAUGAAAACAUCCUCAAGGCGAUACCAUGGAGACCUCCAAGUGAUCAACAUCCACAUAUCAUGCUGGAUUAUGUGUACUAGAAUGUUACGGACAAGACUUUCGUAAUAUCAUAUAUUGCAUUUCUGAUAUUCUUUACAAUUUCAUACUAGGAUACAUGCCAAAAGGAAUGAAAUGAAAUGAAUGAAAUAUACAUCAGAGAUGAACUGUCAAAAUAGAAUAUCCUAUAGUAGACUUUUCAUACUAUGUCCCACACUGGGGAAAAAAAAAAAUUCAAUUUCAAUUAAUGUUAAAGUAACAAUCUUGCAAAGAUUUUAAGCGUAAUCUUGAGAACAUAAAAAAGUCAACCACGACUUUUGGCAAUAUUUGAUUUUUCCACGAAUGUGAUGAUGAACCUCACUUGUCAGACGUUAUUUAAUCAAUUAGAUUAGCCACAAGUAGACGUUCUCAUCUUGAUAUUUUAUCUUUGAAAUUUACCAUAUCACAAUAUACUGUAUAGCAACACAAGAAUUACAAAUGAAAAUUUUUCAAGUCUACUUGGCAGCUAAAGCCUCACAUUAACUUCCAAUAAACUCAAUCAUAUAUUUUUAUCACAGACCAAAGACUUUGAAUUUGUCUUUCAUCACUUACAUUGGAAGUGCAUUAGAAAGGGCUCUUUGAAUGGUAAGUAUGAACAGGAGGAAUGAUUUCAACAAGCAAAACCAGUUUCAAUGUUCAUAUGGGCACCUGACUUUAACCACUGAACACAGACCUCCAUUCAGCCUCCUAAAUUUGGUGUAGGCUAUAGAUAUGCAAUAUAUUUUGUAACAUUUUUGAGACAUUAUCUUUAUGAUAUAGCCUGUUAACAUGGCCCAAGUAACUGCGCAGUCACAGUUUAAGUUUACUGAUCUAUUAUGUCCGCCAUCUGGCCUCAUCUUACAACCUAUGCUGCACAUCCCCCUCUUCCUCCUA